UGAGCUUAUUGUAAAAUAUAAAAAGCUGGGAACUUGCCCAACACCUCUGUCAGUUCACAGUUAAAUGAAUGGGAAGUGGCCCAACUCUUCAGUUCUUCUCCCAACUCAGAGGAUUCGAAGAAACGCAGCAAUUCGACCAAACUGAGAUCUUUAUUUAUUAUUCUAAUAACCGCUGACUCGAAUGUCAGAGGAUUGAUUAAACCAAUCAGUUCCAGAGCCCCAGGACUGACCAGCACAUUGGAUGAUGGAGAGCAAGUUGCAGUUGUUUUUAGUUUGUGCAGUAACCUCUCUGUUGUACUCGGCAUCUGUCCCCCUCUUGCUGCAGAGUUCUUCGUACUCUGAUACCGUACAGAGGGCUGUAGAACUAUACAACGAAGAACAAAGCACCCCCUUUCUAUUCAGAUCCCUGCCACGUGGAUCACAGGACGAUCAGACUGAUUCACAGUCCAGCAAUGUACUGACUUUCAAAAUCAAAGAAACUGUUUGUACAAAAUCCACUCCACAAGACCUCACUAAAUGUGCAUUUAAAGAGCGAGGUGUGGUAAAAAACUGCACAGCAAUCAUUGAUAGAUCGGAAGAAGGAGACAUUGUGGUAAAAUGCGACCCUUUCAUGGAAUCGAGCACGCUGUCAUACCAUAAUUUAGAAGAUGAAAAUGGGACGCAGAAAAUCGGGAAGAAACGAGACAGACGGGAGAAAUUGCGCAGCUUCGAACUAUUCCAUAAGAAGAGGGCCAUCAAUGAGAGCAGCCUUGGUGCUAAUUCCAACUCUGUAGCUUCCUGCUUGAUGUGCAUUUUUGAUAUUUUGGGUACCAAACCCAAAGCUUAAAUUGUUUCAAAGCAACCCUUAAAGACGUAGUUUUUGUU